GCGGCUCAAAAGGUCAAUAGCCGUUUAAACGGUGAAUAUAAAAUCCAGGAGGGAGCUUCUCCCCGUUUUUUUUAUGCCAAGAGUUCUGUCAGCGAUGGACGUCAAAUCACUCAGCUACCGAGCUUGUCAAUUGCUUAUCCUCCUUAUUGUUGGUAUUACACCGCUCGCCUAUGUGUAUGUGGCUGGUCUGCUCUACUUUCUUUUGCAUGGCAUCCACGGACGUGACUUGGCAUACCCCAAUUACCCUUACGGGUGGAAGGGUGUUGCCUUCAAUAUCUAUACGACAUGGAUGCUAGUGGAGGCCCUCUGGUUGCCGUAUCACUUGUAUACCUUCAACAGAUUACGGUCUAGGCGCCAAACCGCACACGCUGCACGGGAUGCAGAUGAGAGACGGACGCUUCUGGCAAAGUGUUUGAACGCAAUCGGAGACGCCUCCAGCAUAAGGAAGAUGAUUGAGGGCUGGUUUUUUGAGACUCCGAUCGAGCAGAUUCGCCGGGGGAACGUAGCUGAAUGGGCUGCCUGGGCAUUUUUCGACAAGGAAUACACCGAGCUUAAUGACUUAGAAUUGGAAGAGGUGGAUGAGAUGGUCAAAGAAACCGAGCAGCGAAUUCAGUAUCGGCUCAAAGAUGGGUACGAUAAACGCGUCAAAUGCAUUCGGUUGACAAUAGAUAAGAUGCAAAUGCUGCAUCGACCCUUCAUAUAUUACGUAACCAUCUCGAUCAUGCACGCUAUCGGACAUGUUUUCUUGCGGUUUCUGGGUUUUCGAGAAGCUUCAGUUACGGCCAAGGGGAACACUACCGGUACUCGCCAGCGGUACUUUUACCGCCCAGGAUCUUCGUCUGCAAAAAAACUAGAGGAUACUCGUCCUAUAGUAUUCAUCCACGGAAUUGGCAUCGGGUUCCUGCAUUAUAUGCCGCUUGUGGCCCGUUUGCCGCGCGAUGUUGAUGUGUUCCUCCUCGAUUGGCCGCAUGUGUCAAUGCGUCUUGCGGAGACCGUUCCUAGCAUCGAAGAUACCGUAUCGAGUCUCGCUACCAUCUUGACCAGGCAUAAUCACACUAAAGCCUGCUUUAUCGCUCAUUCUCUCGGAACGGCUGCUGUGAGUUGGAUGAUCCACCAUAGACCUGAUAUGGUCGCCUCUACAUUAUUCCUUGAUCCAAUUGUCUUCCUUCUGGUUCACCCAGCCAUUGCUUACAAUUUCGUGUAUCGUGCACCGACGACGACUACUGAGCUCCUGAUGCAUUAUUUCGUCUCUCGAGAGCUCUACAUUGCGCACUCGCUCGCUCGACACUUUAAUUGGUCCGAAAAUGUAUUAUUCAAGGAGGACCUCCCGAAAAGUGAACAACACCUCGUUCUCUUGUCGAGCAACGAUCAGAUAGUUCCCUCGCAGGCAGUUAGGCAGUAUCUUCAAAAUUCGAACGUCGAACUGUUAUGGCUUGAGAAGACUGCCCAUGGGGCUCUAAUGUUCAAGCAAGAUGCGCUAUCUGUACUUCAAUGUAAAAUUGAAGAGGCAUGCGGUCUCCGAGCGUGA